GACAGCUGUGAAACAAGUGGGGAUCCGGAUAAUCACUUUUGUAAAUUCUAACUGAAAUGAUCUAGAAAAACGAGACUAUUUCGACUACCAGAGCUAGUUAUCGAAAUGGGCAAAACAAUUAGACAGGCAGCAAAAUGAAUACAACUUCUACAGCCGUUGAAGCAAUCUUGGCCAUCGAAACUACUUCGCAAACCAACACAUGCCUUUACAAUCCCGUAUACCCAACGGAUGGUGCAGGAAUGGUAAGAUUUGUAUUCGUGGUGCCAGUAUGGCUUGUGGUCGCUCUAUUGGGCCUCAUAGGGAACACGCUCGCCUACCUGGUCCUCCGGAGAGAACUACGUCCAUCGUCUACGUCAUAUCUCCUUAAGACAUUGGCGGUUGUUGACAAUCUAGUCCUGGUGACCUUCAUUUUAGACGAUUCGUUGGUAAGGAUAUACAUAAGCACUGGCACGCUGGAGUCUUACUAUGUGUUCUACAUGAUAGCGCAUCCCUUUAUUUGGCCGUUUAAGUGGUUCAUCAAAACAUUGUCUGUCUACACCAUUAUUCUCGUCACGGCGGAGCGUUACAUAGCGGUGUGUAAGCCAUUGCAAGCAGCGUCAUGUUGCACUAUCAAGAAAGCAAGGAUCGCAUUUCUUGCGGUGUGUCUCUUUUCUCUUCUGUACAAUCUACCGAAAUGUUGGCAAUUAGAAACAAUCUACAGAGUUGACGCCUGCACAGGAAGGAGUCGACCAUUCUUUAUAAAAAGGGAUUCUUUCGCCAGCGAUUUCUUUUGGGAUACCAUAUACGGUGUCGCUCUCUAUAUUGUAUUUCUCUUCGCCGUCCCAUUCCUUGUACUUACCGUCUUGAAUUUGUUUCUCAUUCGCAAGUUGAGAGGUGGCGCCUCUUGUGACUUUCAAUUGACAGGUUAUACAGACAAACGACUGCGACUUAGCAAAAUGAUGACAAAGCGGAUUGUUGUCAUUGUGAGCGUGUUCCUUAUUUUGGAAUUACCCGCUAUGGAAUACUAG